CACUAGCCCAAAACUGAAAGAAGCGUAUGUUAUCGAAACUUUUCACCAAUAGCGAGUGAAAAUAUCAGCGAUUUGAAGCUUUAUUAAUAUGUCUGCAAGUAAAUACAAAAAAAUUUUAAAUGUGGUAAUUGCUUAUUAUCGAUUUUUAGCGAUAGCUUCUGUUAUUUGUAACAAUCGGAAAAUCGUUGGAAGUCAACUUCAGUUCUUAUGUAUUAUAUACCUAAUUAGCUUGAUAGUUAUACUAAAAUAUACCGCUUAACACCGCUGCCACAGUGAGAUAUAUAAAGAUUGCUACCAGAUAGCUUAGGGAGGAUUUUAAUCUAAAUAAAACACUAAACUAAAGCUCUGGCUUUCCGCAAUACUUUCACAUAUAAAAGCGCUAUACUCGACACAGAGGGUCAGCUAACAUCAACUUAUACCUACACUAGAACCCUGUAUAAAUUGAAAAUUAUAUUUGUAACUACCAAAGAAUAACAGAAGAAAUUGAUUCGUUGCAAUUGUCAAAGCGCUCGUAUUCCAUCCACUCCACCGCGUCAAUGUCAACACCGCAGCAAAUUAUCUAUAUUCGAUUCGUUACAGAAUAAUAUGGCAUUAGUCACAGUUGUUGCAAUAAAUAGACUUCAAAAUGACAGUACAAUUAAUCUAGAGUGACAAUUGUAGCACAGUGGAUGCAAAUAGCCUGAGUCUUUGAAAUGUUGCGUCAAUCCGAACAUUUGCAAUUUCGCCGACGGCAAGCGUUCGUCAUUUUUAGCUUUAUAGUCAUCUUAUGCAUUGAUUUUUCUUCUGCCGACAACCCUAAAAAUAAUGAUGAAUCAUUGAAUGGUGUCGACAAGGAAGGAAAACCCGUAGCCUCCGACAGUAAUCAUUGGGCUGCGCAAUCUGAUGCUGCUCAAUCUGAUGCUGCCCAAUCUGAUGCUGUCCAGUCUGAAGCCUUAGCGAGUAAUCAUGGGGCUGCCCAAUCUGAUGCUGUCCAAUCUGACAGUAUCUCAUAUAGCUAUGUUGACCAAGGUAAUCCUUAUUAUAGAUCUGCUAAUUAUUAUAACAGUGGUUGAGGUAAUUUCAAGCAGCUCUGGAAUCAUAGUACUAUUCAAAUAAAUUUAAUAAAUAUUUUGCGGGUCUAACUUGGUGUUAUGUAAUACAAGAAAUACAGAAAUAUAUCGAAUAGUAUAUCGAAUUAUCUUGAAAA